AUGGCCAAAUGUAGAGCCGUGGCGGCCGAGGAAAAGCAGUUCAGGGGCACAAUGUCGGCCACUCAGGGGAUGAACCGCAGCGGCAUCUACAACUACUUCCUCAACAUGGUGGCCUAUCAGAUAUGCUGCUGCUGCGGACCGGCUCCCUGCUCGCUCUGCUGUGCCUUUUGUCCUCCGGUCAAAUCCUCCACCAGCACGCGGGUCAUGUACACCCUCUUCCACAUCAUGAGCUGCGCCGUCUCCUGCCUCAUGCUGUCCCGCACCGUCUCCGAGCUCGUCAGGGAAAAUGUGCCUUUCUUCAACGUGGUGUGCGACCAGGCGCAUGGCGGAGGCCACUGUGAGAUGCUGGUGGGCUACUCAGCGGUCUACAGAGUCUGCUUUGGCACUUCUUGUUUCUACCUGAUGAUGGCGAUCUUCCUCAUAGACGUGAAGUCCAGUCAGGACUUCAGGGCGCUCAUACACAACGGCUUCUGGUUCUUAAAGUUCAUCACCCUGCUCGGGAUGUGCACCGCUGCCUUCUUCAUCCCGACGGAGUCCUUCCUGCACGCUUGGCAUUAUGUUGGUGUGGUGGGAGGAUUUGCCUUCAUCCUCAUCCAACUCAUCCUCAUCACGGCUUUCGCGCACACCUGGAACAAGAACUGGUUGACUGGAGCAGCAGAAAACAAGCGCUGGUACCUGGCAGUGACGUGCGCCACCCUCUUCUUCUACACCAUCGCCACCAUGGCCUUCACCUUCAUGUACAAGUACUACACGCACCCCAUCGCCUGCCACUUCAACAAGGCCCUGCUGUGGAUCAACCUGGGACUCUGCGGCCUCAUGUCCUUCAUUGCCGUCACUCCGUGCGUGAAGCAGAAGCAGCCUCGGUCGGGCCUCCUUCAGGCCUCCAUCAUCAGCUGUUACGUCAUGUACCUCACUUUCUCCGCCCUGUCCAGCCGCCCGCCAGAGAAAGUGGUGUACCAGGGCAUGAACAUGACCGUCUGUUACCCCAGCGUGGGACAGGAUGGCAUCCAGAACGAAGGCAACGCUGUCGCCAUCAUUGGAGCUGCCAUCAUGUACUGCUGCGUCCUCUUUGCAUGUAAUGAAGCUUCCUACCUGGCAGAGGUGUUUGGUCCAUUUUGGAUGAUCAAGGUUUACCGCUAUGAGUUCCAGAAAGCAACCUGCUGCUUCUGCUGCCCCGAGGAGGAGGAAGCUGAGGAGGAGUUUGUGAUCGACGACGAGAACAAAGGCUGUCAGAAGGUUAUUCACAACGAGACCAUGAGAGUGGCUUACAGCUACUUCUUCUUCCACUUCGUCUUCUUCUUGGCCUCGCUGUAUGUGAUGAUGACCCUCACUAACUGGUUCAGCUACGAGUCAGCAGUGUUGGAGACCACCUUCACCCACGGCAGCUGGUCUACCUUCUGGGUGAAGAUGUCGUCCUGCUGGGCCUGUGUGAUCCUCUACCUCUGGCUACUGCUGGGCCCUCUGUGCAGCUGUCAGUCCGAAUCCAGGCCUCGCCGCUCGCGGAUCAAACGCCGCUUGGCGUCCUCCCGCCACGUCACCGUCAGUGUCUGA